AUGCCAAACUACAAGCUUUCAUACUUUGAUGUUCGAGCUCUCGCUGAACCAGCUCGUAUCAUUUUUGCUCUUUUUGAUGUGCCAUUUGAGGAUCAUCGUGUUUCCGUCGAAGAGUGGAAUGAGUUGAAGAAAAAAACUCCAUACGGACAGCUUCCAGUUUUGGAAGUGGAUGGUGUUGAAAUCGGACAAUCAAUGUCCAUCACUAGAUAUUUGGCUAGAAAAUUCGGAAUUGCUGGAAAAAAUGCAGAAGAGGAAGCUAUUGCUGAUUCAAUUGUUGACCAAUAUAGAGAUUUUAUCUUCUCGUUCCGUCAAUUCACUUCUUCAGUAUUCUACGGAAAAGAUCCAGAAUAUAUCAACAAAGUGAGAGUCGAAGUAGUGGAUCCAGCUCGUGAUCUCUUUCUAGGAAUUAUAAACAAGAUCUUAAAUAAAAGUGAAUCUGGAUAUCUCGUUGGAAACUCAUUGACAUGGGCAGAUAUUGUCAUUGCUGAUAAUUUGACUAGUCUCCUCAAAAAUGGAUUUUUGGAUUUCAAGAAGGAAAAGAAAUUGGAAGAAUUCUAUUCGAGAAUUCACUCCAUCCCAAAAAUCAAGGAAUACAUUUCGAAGAGAAAGGAUACAAAUCUUUAG